CCCUGUAGCAGGGCAACCUGGGAUAUGGAGUACUCUGCUGAGCUACACCAGCAGCCUGAGCUGGGGAGAUGAGAGAGAGAGGAGGAAAAUCCUGAAGUGAGCCCAGUGGAAAAAAUUAACAGCUACUUUUUCCAGCUCUUGUGGUUUUUGGGCUUCUCGGCUUCUGCUCUGGCUUUUGGCUCAGAGCUGUAUUAGUCCUGACGGUUGAGCGGCGCUGUGAAGGUUUACUCUGAGGGAAAGUUGGGAGGAGUUACAGAAAUUCAAAGACGGGAAGAGCUGCUCCUCUCGCACUGAGCUCUGGGUGUGUGUUAUCUUUACAGGGCAUAAACGGACGGGCGAGCUUCGACCGAGCUCGAACAGGUUUAGCGUGGCUGGUUCUCGCCUUGGAGCUGAAAUAGUGCAGCAGGGCGGGUCUCUCUCCCAGCAGCAGGAAUGUAACACGGCGAGGACACGACCGGCGGAGCGGGGAAAGGAGCCUGUCUGAGGGCUGGAAAAAGUUGCUCAAGCGCCUGUUUCCAACACUGGAAGAUUGUGCUCCCUGAACCAUCAUGGCCCACCGUUCCCAGUGUUCUUCAGUGGGAGACAACCCUCUGGAUCCUAAUUAUUUGCCACCACAUUACAAGGAGGACUACAGGCUGGCUAUAGAUGCUCUGGUGGAGAGUGACCUUGACGGAUACUAUAACUUCCUGCAAAGUUCUAAUGGGGUUGACUUCUUAUCGCGACCAGAGAUUGAGCACAUUAAAAAUACAGUGCAGUUGCCACAGAGUGUUGCGUCUGUACCAGAGCUGCCUUACCAUGAAGCAGACCAGGAAGGAUCAUCAGAUACAUACUGGCCACUGCACUCUGACUUAGAUGCACCAGGUUUGGAUCUAGGUUGGCCAGUGCAGCAACACAGUUUUGUAGGGCCUACUGAGGUUACAACUUUGGUAAACCCCUCAGACCCUGAAAUGCCCAGCAUUAAGGAGCAGGCCCGACGGCUCAUAAAAAACGCCCAGCAGGUCAUUGCAGUGGUAAUGGAUAUGUUUACAGAUGUUGAUAUAUUUUCUGAUCUGCUUGAUGCUGCUGCACGCCAUGUGCCUGUUUACAUUCUGCUGGAUGAACAAAAUGCCCAUUACUUUACUGCCAUGGUGACCAGCUGCAAAGUAAACCUGGAUAUGGUUCAUAUGAUGCGGGUGAGGACAGUGGCUGGCAUAACAUAUUUCUGUCGCACAGGGAAGUCAUUUAAAGGGCAGGUGAUGGACCGUUUUCUUUUAGCUGACUGCAGAGCAGUGCUCAGUGGGAACUACAGUUUCAUGUGGUCUUUUGAGAAGAUACACCGCUGCAUAGCCCAUCUGUUUCUUGGAGAACUUGUGGCCACUUUUGAUGAAGAAUUUCGUAUUCUCUAUGCUCAGUCACAGCCCCUUGUUCUUGAAAAUGCAUUAGUGCCUAUGCAAAGUGACAACACCAGUAGUUAUUUAAGCAAUCAGUUUGGGUUAAAAAGAACUCAAUCACUGAGAAAUCCUCGAGGAUAUCUUCGCAGUGCUGAGCUCUCAGCGUAUUCAUUUGGAGAUCGCACUGACAGUGCACUGCCCUUCAGAAGGGAUGAUCCAUUCCGCCACACUAUUGAACCUGGAGGUGGUGCUCUGCAGGUCAGCAAAUAUGCCUCACAACAGUUCAGAAUGCAACAAUCUUUCUUAGAGCAGGGUCGAUCAAUGUUUGCUUCACGGCAACUAGAAAUGAAUGCCUAUAAAAGGCACAGCUAUGCUGAAGGCACCCGUGAGAGCUACUCCUCUUCUCGACAGUACAUGAAACAGCGGGUCAUGAACAACUUGGAGGAGUCGGAGGCACACUUCCAGCGAGAGCAACAUUUCUACCAGAAUGAGGGCACAGGUUUGGAAACCAGGCAUGGGCGGUAUGACUCACUCCGGAGCCAUGGCCUUCAUCAAAUUGAUAUGUACCCUGACCCUAUGUAUCCCCCUGAACUUGAAGCACCAGGAGGCCAAAAUGUGUUAUCCUCUGAAGAUCUUCAACAUGAUCCAGGAAACAAGCAUCAUCAAGCUGUGGCUCAUUAUGGACAACCCGGCCAAAAAAGGCCCACUUUAGGCCAAUCAUAUGCCUGUCAGAGCUCACCUACUCAACUGCAUCCUCCAGACCAUAAACAGAUGGUCUCUUCUGCAGAACAGGGAAGACAGACCCAAGACCCUGAUAUAAAGCAAGGAUUACGGAGCUGGAGAAUCAAUUCUUACCUUAGUGCUUAUGAAGAUGCAGGGGAAGAGGGAUUACCACAACCUAUGGGAACUGAUGCUUUUGAGGAGCCACAACAGCAGUCAGAAGGCAGAACUAUCCAGUACCUCCCAGAUGCACCAGGUCAUCGCUUCAACACACAAGAAACUACUAGUAAACCUAAACGUGAUUACUUGCCCCGCUUUGGUAAACCUAUUUUGCCAGACAGGGACAAAGAAAAAGAUUUCAAUAUAGAGUUGGGUUAUUCAGGAACUGAUUAUCAAAUUAAACCAGCUAUUUCAGCUACAUCACUGAGCUCAACAGGAACAGAAAAUGAAAAGGAGACAGAUACAAGGGAGCCAAGAGAGAUCAGUAUCACCAAGCAUGAAUCGUUCCGAAGCCGUAUCAACCCCAUGCUACAAAGAAGCUCACGUUUACGUUCCUCCCUCAUCUUCAGUUCCUCUAAGCUAGAACAACACAGCUCCACUUUAAAUAAGCCUGAGGGAAAGCUACAAGAGGAAGAGGAGUCCAACACAAUCAAAACGUCUUCCAUUGUAGCAGAGAUUUUAGAAAAGAGAAGGUCACUUUCUAGGGAGCCUUUUGAUUGGAAUAAGCAUAAAAAGACAGACCAAAAAGAUAGUACAGCCUUGGUGCCUGGAGCGGUGGCAUCUAAAUCAGAUGAUCAGCCUGCCAAAGAGACCAAAGACAAUACUACCAAAGACGUUAAGGUGGAACCGAAAGUGCCUGUGUUUAAGGACCAAGACAAUACAUUGCAAACAGAGCAUUCCAUGACAAAAGUGACUACUGCCUCCAUGAAUGAUCCAGCUAGCAGACUUCAGUACUUCAAAGAACUUUCUACAAAGAGAAAGGACCAAACAAUUGGAUCAGAGUCUAUCCUUAAAAGUAAAGAACCAGCACCAAAAAAGUCAGACCUAUCUGAUACUCCUCCAAGUGCAGCAGCCACAGUUCCAACUGUUUCUAUAACCCAUACUGAAGCCACCUCAACAUCAGUCAGGCAAACAGAUCCUACUGCUAAGCCCCCAGUCACAGCAAAACCUAAACCCCCUGAGGUCAGUGUAGAUAAAAAGAGGGAUAGCUUAGUGUUCAGUGAGUCUACAGAAUCAGCAAAAAAAGAUGCAUCCAAGGAACCCAAGUCACUGAAGCCAUUUCCUUCACCUAAGUUCUUUAAGAAAGAUACACUAAAACCCUUCAAAAGUGUUAACCCACGUCGUACCUCUUGUGGUGACGACAUUCUCACAGAUGCAACAGAUGCGGAAAAGAGUGAACUUAAGAAGUCUCGGAGCCUCAGUUCAUCAGGCAUGUCACGUACAGAAUCCAAGGAAACUCUUGGUAUAAAUCGACAUGGCUCUAACACAUCCCUCAACCUUGCUGGUUCAGAUGGCAAAGAUACUAAACCUCUUGAUUUCCUCAAGAAGCAAACACAAAGGCUAAAGGGAUUCCUUGGGCCCAAAGGAGAAAAAAAGAAUGCAGGAGUGUCAAGUACUGCAGAGGACAAGCAAAUGAAAACUGUUACAGAGGUGGUGGAAGAACUUUCUCCCAAAGAGAAAGGAACAAGGCCUGAACUGAUGUCAACAUCAGCUGAAAAUUCCAAAUCUACAAGUAAACCCAACCAAUCUCGAUAUCAGUCCUCGACCUCUACUGUGCUGUUUAGUAGCAACCUCAGGGAUGACACCAAAGUAAUCCUUGAGCAAAUCUCUGCAAACAGUCAAAAGAACCGACAGGACCUGUCCAAGCAGGUUGAAGAGGCUGAAAGCAGUGAAGGGGGUCAUGUAUCAAACCUCGAACACGACUCCUCAAUGAAGUACCAGAGCCGGAACCGGUUCGGUCGAACUCCAGUCAACCCACAGGAGCGAGACAGCCUGCUGAAAAGAAUAGAGAGUAUGCGCAAGGAGAAGAAGGUCUACAGUCGAUUUGAGAUGGGGAAUAACCUUGGAUAACAAAACAUGGCGGAAGGGUGUACAGUCUGCGAAAUGAUCAGAGACCUUACAAACAGUGCCUCACAAAAGUGCCAGUCACUGAUGUGAAAAAGACAAAAAAAAAAUCAUAAACAGACCUUGGAAACUGCACAACCUCAAAUAUGAGGAGUCUCACUGAAGCGGGAGAAAUAUUCCUCAGAGUGUGCCAAUCUGAGCCCAGAGUCAACAAACUCUGCCCUUAUAAGGCAUAACCACAAGCUGCCUUAUAAUAGAAAUCAAACUGUAUCCCUGCUGGAUAGACCAACACACAACAUGCCAAACAAGUGUUUGCAUUUUGAGAGGCAUCUCUCAGCUCUUUCUUACUGGUUUCUUUCAGAUGUUCCUUUUUAACUAGUAUGUGAAUGUUUAAGAGCUCAGUGUUUGUAAGUCGUCAAUAUUGCACAAUUCUCAAGUGUGGUAAAGUGAACCAACAUGCCCAGACAGAAGUAAAAAAACUGAAAAUUAUACACUUCCAAGACACGUCACAUUGGAACCACACCUGUGGUUUAGCUGUGCCAAUGGAAUACGGACAUCAGGGUUGGUUAGAGCAAAACCUUAGUUUAAGUGAAACAAAACCAACAUUAGAAUGUAGAUUUAGAUGGUAUGAGAGAGGUAGAACAGACUGGGUGCGAGUGGAAUUUUUUAAGACACUGUGACACAAUGAGGAACAGGAAAAUGUGCAGGACAAAGCAUGUUGUUUUGAGGUUUGUUUUUUAACUAGAAAGGUUGCUAUUAAGAUUGAAAUUAAACAUUUUAUUUAAUUAAGCUAAGUAUAGUACAGCUAAUCCUCUUCUAGUGGGAAGCAAUGUCCUACCAUAACAUCAACAAACAAUUAAGAAACAAGAGGAUAUUUAUAGCUAGCACUUUCACAACCAACAUUGCCCAUUACAAGUACUUGGACAGGAAAGUCAAAAUUGUUAUUUUUUCAAUAUUAACAUGCGCCAUGAAUGGUGUAGGAAAAAAAGUAAUAUAUAAAAAAAAAAAGAGUGAAAAUUUAAAUCUUUAAUUUUGGCACACUUGUUUUUAGUAUAUGCAUUUAUUAUUCAUAUUUGUAGCACUUUUUUGACUUUACUGUCCUUAUGUAGGACAUACUUAUGCAAAAUCCAUGCAUGUAUGACUUGAAGUUGACAUUUCAGAGUUAACCAUGUCAUUACAAAGAGAUAGUUUUGAAUAGAUGGUUGGUACAUACUCUCAGGACCAGGCUUAGGCUCUACUUUUUCAGUGCAAAGUUGUAAUUAUGGUACCAGACAGACUGGUAUUACUAAAGACCAAAGAACUCCCAGAGCAUCAAACGAGGUGCAUGCUGUAAUAUACUAGAUGUUUGAUACAGAAGUAUGAUCAAAUUUUAUUGCUGAUAAUGUUGAUUACUGACAUAACAGAACUUUGUCAUCUUUUUGAAUUUUUGAGAAAUUCAGUCAAACUUUUAGUAAAUUUUGUAUUAUAUUAACAAAUAAAAACAAUUCUGAGUA